UGCUCCCUACGUAAGCGGGCUAUUUUCCGGCUGUACCAUUAGGCUAUUGAAGUAUUCGGUAGCCUAAUUAAUUGCUGGAUCGUUUGGCAAUGUAAACGUGGGCCUAUAGAAAAGCUUAGACUGCAUAAUUAACUACGAGUGAAAAAAUAGGCUAGUCUAUAUUUUCACGAAGCAUUUCAGAUAAGUUCGGUCUCCCCAUGGAGUUUGUGGUGGGGGCCAUGUAGCCUACGUCUAUUUUAGCAAGGACACGCGUGCAUGUUAUUCAGUCAGUGGAACCGUACGAUGGCGAGAUUCUUACAAGCAAACUUUAGAAAUGUGUUGGCUACGCAGUUAAGGUUGUCAUCCGAUAAGUCGGGUGAACAUGGAAAAGGUGUAGGUAAAGGUGGUGCGGGCGGAGGGUCUACUCGAGAGGCAGGUGCUUUUGGGAAGAAGAGAGCAACGCAGGAGGAGAUGUACUUCAAACGUAAAGAGAAGGAGCAGUUGGGAGCUCUGAAGCAGCACCACCAGGAAGAGAUAGACCACCACAAUAAGGAAAUUGAGCGGCUGCAGCAAGAGAUCAAACGCCACGAAGGGAAAAUCAAAGAACUUAAAGACUGAAUGUGGCUUUACAGAAGUGCAUAAAGCUUUGCGCCUGUUUCAGACUUGGUGAUCGUUUGUGUUGCAUGAUCUUUGCCCUAAGUUCUACUUAUCUGAUUGUUACUUCAGUAGGCUAUGAGAUUAUCAAAACCUGUUUACCUAAAUGUCAAUGUCUGUAUGUAGGGACUACUUUUCUGUAAUUUAAUAAAAAUGAAAAAGAAUGGUAAGCUACCCAUAUA